AUGUUGACGAUUAUUCGUGUUCUUCCCCCUGUUGUUCCUAGCAGUCAAGUGAAAGCAAACUCCUCAACAUGGGAGGCAUCGGGUGAGACAUUAAACAACAUUCACCAUGAAGCAAUGGCUAUUGACUUUGUACUUGUAUUAACCAUCCAGGUUAUGUUGACUGACUUUGGGGUAGCAAAGCAAUUUGAUGAAAGCACAAGGUUAAAUUCCAGGUGUGGGACAUUAGAAUAUAUGACACCUGAAAUUGUACAACGGAGGGGCCAUGAUAAGGCCACUGAUUGGUGGAGUGUUGGAAUUUUAAUGUAUGAAAUGCUUACUGGAAAGCGUGAGGGUAAUAAUGUAAUUUUGUUCGACAUUGUAUCUUUGCACCCUUCGUUUAGAGGUGGAAACAAACAGAAGAUUAAGGAGAAGAUAGUGAAGGACAAGAUAAAGCUUCCAGGAUUCUUGUCAAGUGAAGCACAUUCGCUUUUGAAAGGGAAUUUCCCUGGUGCUCCAACAUUUUUGCCAGGUAAAACCAUCUGGCCAGACCUCUGCAUUGCCUCCUACAAGGUAGAUCACACUUGCUUGGCUAAACGUUAUUCUGUAUGCUUUCAAACUUGUCUUCUUCCUGAAUUCUUUUUCUUUCUAUCAUGGCAACCUUCAACAGUAGUUUUGGACCAGCACCUUCUUGCAAAAGAUAUCGUGUACGUGUUCUUAUGCUGCUAUUGUGGAUUCGGGAACAUCCUUGCUUACUGGUCCAACUGUAUGUAUCUCACGUGA